AUGCGCUCGUCAAAUUCCCAUAGCGACCAUGGCCACAAGACGGGCCAGUCGACGCCUUCGCGAAUCCAAUACUCGGAUGACUUUCGUUACCGAACGAUGGCAACAUAUAUUUACAACCAGAUUAUGGUUAGCGGUUGGAUUCACCCUGACGCGGCCCAUGGUCCGAAUAACAUCCACGGCGUCAUGAUUCGUCGCUCUCGAGGACAGUACAUCUCCGUCCCCGAACUUGUACACCCUGUUCUGCACAACGCCGUCAGCCGCAUGAACCUGGCUGUUGCCAUCACAAUUCGACCUCGUCUUCUGGAGGGUAUCAUGAUGGUGCUGACCGAGGGCCAAACCGAGCUGCGCCUCAAAGACGGAUCCCAGCUGCAAGUCAUUGAUUCUCUUGCCCAUGCCCAUCCCACCACCGUUAAGAAGUAUCAGUAUGCGUGCAUCUGCCAGCAGGAGCGCAUGUUGCUCGUCUGGCACGAUGAUAUUUCGCAUGUCCUCAACCAUGCAGCGCAUCUCGAAGAGAAACUGUUGACAAUGAUUUGGGGAUCUGGCAAGAUGGCUCAUACUGUUCUGUCGUCGCCGUUUCGCACUCCCUCUAUUCUCUCUGGCAAUACACCGCUGGCUAGUGGCUACAACACGCCUAGAAACGCCAUCGCUGAAAAAGAGGCUUAUAUCGCAGAGGCUGACGAGGGUGAUGAAGAGAUUGCCGCUGAAAAGGAAAAAGCCAUGGAACGCCCCGAGUCUCUUAAGCGGCCUGUCAUGCGCACCUCUGCCGUGUUCAUCGGCCUGGCCAUGGCCCUCACCAUUGUACUGCUCGUCGGCGUCUACCUCGGCCGGCUGGUCAGCGAGUGCCUGCUCGAUGGCACUUGGGUCCGCAUGGCUCUCGUUUUCCCCAUCCCUCUUCUGGCCUGCGUCAGCCUGUUCUUUUUCCAAAUUGUCUUUUCCGAUCUCUUCCAGAUGCUUGGCCCCAUCGGCGGCAACACCACCAACUCGCGUUACUUCUCGUGCCACAAGCCCAGCUUGGAGCGCGCCUACCUGGAGGGUAUGCAGCUCCCGAAAGUCACGAUUCAGAUGCCCGUCUACAAAGAGGGCAUGGAGUCGGUGAUCAUCCCUACUAUCCGCAGUUUACAGCAGGCUGUCUCGUUCUACGAGUCGCACGGCGGUUCUGCCACCAUUUUCGUCAACGACGACGGCUUGCGUGCUGGUCUGUCCGAGGCGCAGGUGCGCCAGCGCCGGGAGUACUACCACAACAACAAUAUUGGCUGGGUCGCGCGCCCGCGUCACAAUGGCGAUGAGGGCUACGAGCGCAAGGGCAAGUUCAAGAAGGCUUCCAAUAUGAACUUUGCUCUCAACUUCUCGCAGCGCGUCGAGAGGCGCAUGCAGGAGAUGAUGGACGCCAAGGUCGAAACUACCGGUUCGGACCUCAUCGACGAGGCUGAGGAAGAGGAGAUGUAUGGCUCUGCUCUGGCGCAGCUGCUCGGCGAAGAGCCGCUUGCUUGGGCUGAGGGAGACAUUCGUGUCGGCGAGAUCAUCCUCCUGGUAGACUCGGAUACCCGAGUGCCAAUUGACUGUCUACUUUAUGGUGCCGCGGAGAUGUACCUGUCUCCCGAGGUCGCCAUCGUACAGCACUCGACCGGCGUCAUGCAGGUUACGCAUGAUUACUUCGAAAAUGGCAUCACCUACUUCACCAACCUAGUGUACUCAUCUAUCCGUUUCUCUAUCGGUGCUGGUGAGGUUGCUCCCUUUGUUGGCCACAAUGCCUUCCUUCGCUGGCGCGCCGUCCAGGACGUCGGCCGUCCGGAGCAAGGCGGCGCGUACACCGCGUACUGGUCUGAGAGCCACGUCUCGGAAGAUUUCGACAUUGCGCUACGCCUGCAGAUGAAGGGCAGCGUCAUCCGCAUCGGCUCCUACCACAAUGACGAGUUCAAGGAGGGCGUGUCGCUGACAAUUUACGACGAGAUCAUGCGCUGGCAAAAGUACGCCUACGGCGUCUCCGAGAUGAUCUUCCACCCCCUACACCGCUGGAUCUACCGCGGUCCCUUCACCCCCCUCUUCUACACGUUCCUCUUCUCCAACAUCAUGUGGUCCUCCAAGAUCUCCAUCAUGUCCUACAUGUGCUCGUACUUUGCCCUCGGCUCCGCCCUCCUCCUCACCUGCCUCAACUACUUCCUCAUCGGCUGGAUCCGCGACGAGCUCGCCACCGCCUACCUCACCUCUUGGAACGUCUUCCUCUCCCUCGUCGUCGUCUUCAACGGCGCGGGCCCCAUCGCGCUCGCCAUCCUGCGCUACCGCACCGGCGAGCGCGGCCUCGUCGGCGCCCUCUUCGAGAACUACAAGUGGAUGCCGCUCAUGACCGUCUUCUUCGGCGGCCUCUCGUACCACAUCACCCUCGCCCUGCUCGCCCACCUCUUCCACGUCGACAUGCAGUGGGGGUCCACGUCCAAGGAGAAGGUGGACUCCAACUUCUUCCAGGAGGUGCCGCGCAUCUUUAAGACGUUCUGGACCAUGUACGUCUUCAUCGCGCUCAUGGUCGCCGCCAUGAUCUACCUGGGCGUCUUCGCGCCCUCGGACUGGGCCAUCAAGGACUUCUCGGCCAUUGUUCCCCUGGCGCUGAAUCUGUCCUUUCACGCGCUGGUGCCGUUUGUGCUGAACCCCAGUUUGAUGGUCUUUGCCUACUAA